AUGGCGAGCGAAAAAGAUCCUCUCACAACUGAACAGGUUACCCGUUGUGGGGACGAUUUCAAAACUCACUACCGAACAAAUUUGUUCAAGAUCAAGACAGAUCCACUUGACUUCCACUUAGUUUUAGAAUUCGAAAGGAUUUACACUGACCUAGUCCUCCUCAGAAACGAACAGGGAACGAUGAAGAAGAUACCCUUAGACUACAAGGAACUUCUCAAAACAAAGGUAAACGGGGAACUACCAAAACGUCUCAUGGUUGAAGGCGAAGGAGGAGCAGGUAAAACAACAUUUUGUACCAAGAUAGCAUGGGACUGGACGAAUGGAGCUGACGAUUUUCAAGAGUUUGUCUGGGUUCUUGUUAUUCCUCUGCGUGAUAUCGAAAGGAAUCAAACAGUAGGGGAUAUCGCAAAGACAUAUCUCUCAGAUAGUAACCCGGUACAACCACACCAGAUCGACGAACAUAUAUUGGCUAAUCCCUCGAAGGUAUUCAUUAUACUUGAUGGGCUGGAUGAGUACGACGGUGAUCUUGUCAAACAAGGAAACGACAUUGCUAAGAUAAUCAGGUCGGACAAGUUCAAGGAAUGUAGGGUCCUCGUUACGACACGGCCUUGGAAAGCAGACCAAAUCAAAUCAAACGCAAAUUUCAUGAAAACUUAUGCUUUUAUUGCCGUGGCCGGAUUCGAUAAAAGACAUAUUUCAAUCUACAUCAACAAAUAUUUUGCGGACGACUCUUCGGCAAGUCGAGAUUUGGUCAAACUCAUUGUAGACAAUGAUGUAAUUCAAGAAAAUAUGGCUCCCUUUCCAAUUUACAUCGCAAUGCUUUGUGUUUUAUGGCGGGAUUCUGAUAGCAAGAAACGAGAAAUAAUUCGCAGACUAAAGACAUUUUCUCAGCUUUUCAAAGAAAUCCUCAUAUCCCUGAAAGACCACUACGUUUCCAAGCAGGUCACAGAUCUUGAUAUAGAAACUGAUACACAUUAUACGCAGCUCGACUUUUGUUUCUCACAAAUUGGGAAAAUUGCAUUAUAUGGCAUCAUAAACAGGCAAUUAGUUUAUGAAAAAGUUGAUUUCAGUUCAUGUGAAGAAUCAAUGGAGACAUGCUGUAAGGUUGGAGUACUCAGUCAUGAAACGCGGUUAGUUCGUAGACAAGAUAGACAUAUUAAGUCGACGAAUCUUGUGAAAGCAAAUGUCUUCUUCCCUCACAAGUUAUUCCAGGAGUACUUCGCAGGUAUGUAUCUUGCCUCUCUUUUUGAGUCUGGUCACAAGCAGUAUGAAGAGGCGAUGAAUGAUGUGAUUAAGAGAGCAGAAGAGUUUCGCUACCUUCUAUACUUUACUGCAUCUCAAAAGAAGAGCGUCGCUACUGAUGUCACUAGCCGGCUAAUUAAAAUGGGACAUUUGUAUAGACAUAUUCUAGUGGAUGUCACCUUCGAAGCGUAUGAUGGAGAUGCGGCAAAAGUGGUCGGACAGCACCUCUUUGCAGAAGAAAAGUCACUAAAAAUCGACGACGGGAUGUCAGCGCACACUGUGUCUGGAUAUCUUUUCAUCAUGGAAAAGUUAACAAUGGAAACUCUGAUAGUGAGUAGAAGAUCAUGCGGUCCGACAGUUUCCCGUGACCUGGCAGACGUAAUAUGCUCAUCUACAGCAUUAACAGCAUUGGAACUCAGUGGCACGGCGUUCCAUGCCGACUUCUAUGACACCUUGGAGAGUGAAGUCAAGACGCCAAAGGUAUGGAGAAUCCUCACAGAGACAUAA